CCAGCCAGCAGCCAGAAAUUCCCAGAAUGCCAGCAGAGGGAAAUUCGGGAAAUGACGCGGCCACUCUGCGUGUCGUUGCUCGUUAGUAAGUUGCUACUCUGUUGUGCUGUUCUCAGUGCUGUUGUGCAAUACCGUAUAGCAGCAUAGCCUAGCAUAGCCCAGCAUGGCACGCAGGUACGACUCCCGCGUCACAACCUUCUCCCCAGAAGGCCGCCUCUACCAGGUCGAAUAUGCCAUGCAGGCCAUCUCCCACGCAGGCACAGUCCUAGGCAUCCAAGGCACAGACGGCGUCGUCCUCGCCAGUGAGAAGAAGGUCACCUCAAAGCUCCUCGAGCAAGACACCUCACCAGAGAAGAUCUACAUCCUCAACGACGAUAUCCUCUGCGGUGUCGCGGGCUAUACUGCAGAUGCCAAUAUCCUCAUCAACUAUGCGCGUCAAGCUGCCCAACAGUCCCUCAUGACAUACAAUGAAAACAUGCCCGUCGAGCAGCUCGUCAGGAAACUAUGCGACCUCAAGCAAGGCUACACGCAGUACGGUGGACUGCGGCCAUUCGGUGUCAGUUUUGUGUAUGCCGGCUACGACAAGAUUCACGGCUUUCAACUCUAUCAAUCCAAUCCAUCCGGUAACUAUGGCGGCUGGAAGGCAACCAGUGUCGGUGCAAACAACACAUCGGCACAGUCUCUCUUGAAGCAGGAUUACAACACAGACAUGAAUCUGGAGCAGGCGUGUGCGCUUGCCGUCAAGGUGCUCAGCAAAACAAUGGACAGCACGACGCUCUCUAGCGAGAAGGUGGAAUUCGCAACAGUCGGCAAGAAUGCACAAGGCAAAGUACAACACCGCAUCUGGUCCGCAACGGAGAUCGACGCUUUGCUCAAGAAAGAAGGACUCAUGAAGGAGGAAGAGGAAACAUCAUAGUAUCUUUAGGAUCUCAAAUCAACGAACCCUUUACAUACCCAUACCCAUCGAUUGGCCUUGCUCCAUCUUUUGUUGCAGCUUCUCUCCAAUCUUGACAUUGGUGGCGAAGUACUUACCCACGCACCUGUCAAUACACACAGACUCGCCCUUAUUGAGAUCAGACUCGUGAUAGGUCUUGUUGAUGCACUUGGUAUGACACGCAUUGCCUAGCCGUUGAAAGAGAUCCAUGAUCAUAUCGAGUUCACCUUCCGCCUGAGCAACAGCUUGCGGGUUCACAGCUUGGCUGUUCUUGGCACCACCACCGAAGAAAGACAUGAUGCUGAA